UGACGAUGUAUCGGAUGGAGGAGCGCAACACAUAGUCGGACCGUGGUAUCCUCUCAAUUUAGCAUUACAAGUUUGAUAGCGGGGAGGUAUAGCCGAUUUGCAAAUUGCGCUAAAGUUCCCGGGUGUGGUUGAGCUUAUAAGCUUUGUGGAUGCAGAUGGGUGUAUCGGUGUUUGGAACCGGUCCUUCGGACGUGGCGUUGGGGAACCGAAGGAAUCUGGAGAUGGAGCGCGGGAACGGAAUAGGUUCCGAAUCUACGCUCGGGUUGAGUGGGUCUUGGUUGAGCGCGAGUUCGAGAUCUUUUGUCUGUUCGUUAAUUGAAGUGGGCCGAUUGGGAUGAGUUAGAUUUUGGGUGAAAGGUUGAGAUAAUGAAAGAAGCUCUUUUGAGUUCUGGUCAAAGAUUUCUUUGGACAUUUCCCCUCAGUCGGUCGAUUUUCUUUUUUAUCAUCAACUUCUGCUUUUUACUUCAAAAUUAUUUACAGCUAUCUCGAUCUAUCGCAAUCCGGCCCAGCACCGUAAAAGAAUGACUGAUAGUCUCCUCGUCAAGGCCGUUGCAGGAACCUGCAUCGGGUUUUCCUUCAUUCUCGUCGGAAAUGCCAUUACGCAAACUUACAUGACGAUCCCCGCCCUCGUGGUCGACCUCCCCAAGCCUGGAACCCCCGAGCACACAUCGCGAGCGCGUCUUAUCGGAAAACAAUGGCCUCUUUGUUGGAGCGUUGGAAACGUUUUCUUUAGGCCCAUCUCAACGAUCGGUAUUCUCGGUUACGGCUACUCGGCGUUUAAUAUCUAUCAAGAGGGUCCGCUGGCUCGCGCAGACUGGAGAGUUUUCGCCGUGGCCGCAGCCCUUCAUCUUACUACCGUCGUGCACUCUGCUGUCAACAUGCAGCCGAUCAACGAUAAGCUAGAGGCUCUAGCGGGUCGCACUAGUGAGAAGGAAUUGGGGCAGGCCGAGGGCAUUGCGAGGAGGUGGGCGAGCUGGAAUAGGGUCAGGAUGGUCACGCCAGUCUUGGCUGGUGCUCUGGCUCUGUCGCAGUUGAUCCAGUAG